GUAAAGAAAUUUUCAGUCAGAUGGUAAGUUGAUGUGGACCCAGCUGUUUAGCAUAGUCUUGACAUUUUCAGUAAGACUAAUGUUAAGAGUUGAGAGAGCCAUUCCAGAUGCUUAAUGUUUGAAGUGUUUAGGCUAAUGCUCCUAUUAGAGGAACUAACUGCAUCAAAUUAACUGCAUUAAAAAUUUCAGCCACCUGGUUCAAACUAUCACCCUGAGGAUAAAUCCAUUUGGGUUAAUUUAGGGUUUUCAAGACAAACUACACAUUUGAGAUCAUCGUGGACAAAGAAUGAAGCCCGUGCUCAAAAAUCUUUGGAAAUUUACUGCUGUCCACAGAGCCAAACCAAAUGGCGUCCGGAGAAAGGUUUUAUGGCAUGGAGUUCAUUUGGCUAUACUCCCUGUGCCAGUGCACCCUGUCUCUAUUCGUGAUUGUGGUCAGUGUGAGAUUGUGCGUGGCGGUCAGCAGCAGCGGCAGAGCUGUAGCUGAUAUUCAACAGGGAGCUCAGGGGGUCGGGAUCCAACCUGGGAGCGUUUCAUCCUGCCUCCGGCUGUGCCUGGGCUGCGUGGGGGCCGUGGGUGGAGCCGUAGGAGUUCCAGUGACUCUGUUACUCAACCUGCGAACGCCCCAGUGUCUCUACACAUGCAUGACACUUGUAUGUUGCCCCUUGCUGAUCAGGCAGUUCACCAUGUUCCUGUUAAUGCUGCUCACACUGGACGCCCACCUGCAACAUCAUUUGGCAGACAGAUACUCUUCAGUGGUGACCCGUCGGCGAGCUCUGUGUGCGGUCCUGUUGUGCUGGUUGGGCUCAGUUCUCUCGUCCUUCGCCCAGUUCAUAGGCUCGGACGUCCUCAGCUCUUUUAGAAGUGAUGGCUCUGGUCUCGGUCCCGAAGGCCAUGGACUCGAAGGCAACUGGACAACCUCUUUACCCCCUCUUACUUCUACCCCGGUCCCAAAGUACUUUCAGGACCGCAAGGUAAUUGGGAAGUUCCUGCCAUACGGAGGCUUCUUGUCAAAGUUCUAUGUAGAAGACAAGAACAACUUCACCUAUGCAGAGAUCCACAGCAGCCACUGGGGUUUGUGUGCUCCCGGUGCUAUCCUUAGCCCCAAAUAUAUCGUCUAUGUUCACGGGGUGACUGUGUUCAUUCUACCCUGUCUUUUCUUACUAGCUGUUUACUUUGACUUACUGUGUAUUAAGCCAAAAAAGUCUAUUUUUAGUAACACUGUCCCUGAGAACCGAUCCCAUCUGCUCCGUUUCCUGGUCCUAUCUAUGUCUCUUUUGAUUCUGCUUUGCCUGCCGCUCUAUAUCAUACAGGCUCUCUUGCUUUUUAACCCCCAUACCCAUCUACCCGUCUGGGCUUAUGCAGGCGCCCUAUUCCUCUUCCAGAUUUACACUCUUGUGCCCCCGAUCCUCUUCACUCCUCCAAGGAAGCAAGUGGGGGAGCCACGGGCAUCCUUUCAGCUCGCUGCUCCUAACCUCCAAUCUUCACUUUCCCAUUCCAAAGGAAAGUCUGUCCACAUGGCGCUGCGUGAGGCGAUGCAAACAGCUCCGUGGUCUUCAGCUAAACAUUCGUUUAAAGCUAAAGGGUGCCCAGAGGUCUGAUUUUUUUAUUUUUUUUGGAAGGCUUUGCAUUUGCAUUACACUUUCACAAAACCAAUAGUAGGUAGACAAUUCUGUCUGUAAAAGCAAAUAUUCAAAACAAAUGACUUGAGUGAAAAAUUGGUUUUAUUUCUGUUUUUUUUUGUUUGUUUUUUUUUGUUUUUUGCAUGUGUGUCUUAUCAACACUUGCAAACAUUAUGAGUUAACUUGCAAACAUAAAUGCCUGUUAAUUAUCAGGUCCCACCGAAAAUGUCAGAAAAUUAAGUCUCCAGAUAAUAACCACAAUCUUGCCUGUUUUCUUUGACCGGUCCUUCCUGCGGGCUUUAGUCAUCUCCUUUUAUUAAUCCCCGCUAAGCUAACAACUAGAGAUGUAGAUAUAUGUGUGACAGAGUCUAAUUAAACAUUCCCUAAUAACAUUGUAGUCCAGAGAGAUUCUGGUAUUGUACGCGAAGCAUAAUUAACCCUGGUUAUGACACAAUAUUCAUGGCUGCUUUGACUUUAGUUGUGAAUAGAUGUGAUGCUCUGUUGAAAUAAAAAAAAGGUCUUGCUCACA